CCCCCGCCCCCUACGCCGUCACGUGGCGCAAGAGCGACAAUGCAGAUGCCCUUCUGAGGAUCCCUCUCGCCAGUGCAGCUCUCGACCAGCAGUGACCCAUCCUCGUCCUCCCGUUAGCAGCCCAUUUGGAUGCCCCCUAAUUGGCACACCUGCUGACCCCCACCACCACCACCGAGUGACCGUCGUGGCAGAUUUGUUAUUUAUUUGGGAGACAUACCCCACCCCCCGGCACCCCAGCACAAUGUCGACUCUGCAGGCAAGGGCAGAGAAGCUGUUUCACAGCCUGGACACGGACGGCAAUGGUCGCAUUGAUUUCAAGGAGCUGAGGAAUGGCCUGCGCAGCCUGGGGAUGACCCUGCUGCCCGGGGACGAGGAGCGGCUCAUGAGAGAGGCGGACAGCAAUGGGAAUCACCAACUCGACUACGAAGAGUUCUGCGUCUUCCUGGAGAGACGCAGGGACAAACUCAAGGCUGUCUUUUCCUCAAUCGAUAAAAAUGUGGAUGGCAAACUCAGCGUCGAGGAGAUCAAUCAAGCAGUGGAGGAGCAGGGCCUCGCGCUCAACCCCCGUCGGGCUAAAGUUCUCCUGCACAAGUUGGACCGCGACGGCUCGUCCACCAUCGACUGGGACGAGUGGCUGGACUUCUACCUGCUGCACCCGGCCGACAGCAUGGAGCAAAUUGUGCAGCGCUGGACCCACUCCAUGAUCUUCAACGCCGGCGACGGGCUCAUCAUCCCGCAGGAGUGCGAGGACGGCGUCACGUGGUGGCGCCACCUCCUGGCGGGCGGCGGGGCUUGCGCCGUCUCCUACUCGAGCACCGCACCACUCCUCCGCCUGCGCGUGGAGAUGCAGGUGCGCGGCACUCCGGAGCGGCCACUGCACAUGGCCGAGAGCGUGAGGAGGAUGAUUCGUGAGGGCGGAUUGCGCGCCCUUUGGAGGGGGAACGGCGCCAACGUCGUCAAGAUGCUGCCCGAGUCCGCCAUCAUGCAGAUGACCUACGAGCAGCUGAAGAAGUAUUUCCGCGGGGAGAAGCAGCGAGUCAGCACGAGCGACCGCUUUGCCGCAGGCUGCAUCGCCGGUGGCGUCUCCUCCUCCAUCAUCUACCCACUGGAGGUGUUGAGGACGCGUCUCACUCUGCGCACGACGGGGCAGUACGCGAGCAUGGUGGACUGCGCGAGGCAGGUGGUACAGGCCGAGGGCUGGAGGGCGUUCUACAAGGGCCUCACUCCACACAUGGUCGCCCUGCUGCCUCACGCUGGCAUCGACCUGGCGCUCUAUGAGACCCUGAAGGAGCUGUGGCUGCAGCACUGCGAGACUGAACACACGGAGCCAGGCUUGGGGGCAAUGCUGGCGUGCGGCGCCGUGUCCAGCACGUGCGCCCAGCUGGGCAGCUACCCCCUGCUACUGAUCAAGACCAGGAUGCAGGCCGGAGCCGUGCUGAACGGUGCUCAGGGCUCGGCGCAAGUCGGGAUGUGGGCCUCGCUGUGGCAGCUGGGGGCACGCGGCGGCCUGCUGGGCCUCUACCGCGGCAUCGUGCCCACGUUCGCGCGCGUCAUCCCAAGCGCGGCCGUUUGCAGCGCCGUGUACGACCACAUGAAGCGCGGCCUCGGAGUGACGCACGACGCCGGCGAGCAGUGCCGGUGUGCUCACGACGAGGAGGACCUCGCCGGAUGAAAGCGAGCAAGGGGUGAGCGGCGAGCGCCUGUGACAUUUCGUCGCGGGUAAUUUCAAAUAAAUACUAGGAUUGAGAGGUAAACCGGGUAGCUUAGAGGUCCGAGUGCUGAGCUGGUCGACCGAAGAUCCUGGGUUUGUGAGUCCAAAUUUCAGCUAUCUACUGUAUUUUUAAACUGGAGUCUCUGGUAUCGCGUCGACGGUCUGAGCUCAGUGACAAACGACUUCACAAAACAAAUACAAUUAUAGUUGGGUCUGCGGUCAUUUGGCUAAAUUCCAGCUCUGAGAGUUACACAUCUGUGUUGACUGUCAUGCUGUGAACAUUUACUCUCAGUGGAUGUUUUCAGUAAGCCUAAGAAAUAAGCCACGUUUUCUACGAGUGAUAUGAUCAAUGCCCGAUGGUGAACGGAUUACUCAAGAGAGAAACCGUCAUGGAAGUGUCUAUGUGUGGUUUGGCAAACGCUCGACAGCACGACCCACAUUUUGAUGGUUUGCUGUGGAGUAGUUUCCUAAACCCCAGUGCUUGAAAUAUACCACGGCAAGCCUUUCGAUCACAUUUACAAAUGAAUUCAUUAAAAGCUGCAUGCGACCGACGAUUGGUAAACACAGUUCACAUGACGUCGAGAGAAGCACUGAUUCAGAGUAAGAAUAAUUUUAUUUGAACGAGCUCUGUCAUGGGUGGUGUACAUGGACACACAUACACAGCAUUCACAAUUUGUCUAACCCAAAAGAAACCAAUUAUGGAUCGUAACAUUGGUUGUGAAAGCACGCACAAAGAAUAUCUUCACCUAUUUGAAACCAUCACCCUUAACGUCACGUGGCACAUGUCUGCCCAUCAUCAGGCACGUGCAGAGCGCGAUAACGAGAAUUGUAUUUGAAGGGAGAAGAUAGGUAAAGAGAGAAGAUAGGUCGUGAGGACUGCAGUACAAUACUGUGAAGUAAACGCUUCCUCGAGGACAGUGGUUCUUAACAUGGGGUGCACGCAACCACUGGGGUUGCGAGAUGCCCUUUCCGUGGUGGGUGCGAUACAUGGCCAGAUUUUUUUAAAGGUAAAUAAUCGAAAACACAAAUUAGGCACGGGCACGUAAGUACAACUACUUUGUUUAAUCAAACCGACGUAUUUAUUAACAUUCUACAUUUUUUUUCACGAUUGAGAACCAAAGGGGUGCAAGGCUGCAGAAAAAUGUUUAAGAACCGCCGCUCUCGGAGAUGCUGGCGAUAUCGAGUGCAGCAGAGGGCGUGCUUCUGGUGGUGAUGAGAUUGCGGGAGAUUAACCGCGAUGGUCGGAGAGGAAAUGGCCUGGAGGAUGCCGUGACGAGGUAAGGGUUCGGCAACGGUGGGCAAUCAACUCGAUAUCCCUUCUCACCGACGGACGCAUCGUCCGCAUGAGCCUUGAUCAAUCCACUGCUGGACGAAAGCUUCCCCAAGCCUUUGCCUUCUCUCAUUGGUCCAGCAAAGCAAGGAUCCAUGUAGCUACUACACACAAGCUGAUGUUAUCGCGCCAUCUCCAUGGGGCAUGUCCUCUUGGGCGUGUUCCCUCCUUUGCCUGACACUCUGUCGUUAGUCUCGACCACCGCUGGCCAUCAUCCCACUUCGUGACACGUCCAGACCAAGCUCAAUAACUUUUAUUAACAGUCACGUAUUGAUAUAAUGUAUUGACUCCUGGAGGAUACAUUUCCGUUAAAUUAAAACUAAUGCUGUAUGUAUAUACACAAUUUGUAUAUAUACAGUAAACCCAGCUGCUGGCAUGCCUUAUACCUUGUUUAAUUUAAACACUUGCUUGAUUGUUUUGAGGUGAUCUAUUGGUUUUUUGCCUUUGAUAUACGAGUUGUGAAAUGACUGUUACAACUUGUGCCACGCAGGGACCGCUGUCAUCAGUGGGUCCCUUGGGCUUAAAAAAAACUAUAAUUGGCUAUUGGAAUGAUUGAAAUGAGAUGUAAGGUGAUUGGAGAUACUGGGGCAUUUAAGAGCCCAAUUAAUAUGCAAAUACGAAAUCCUUUGCACGGCGUGUUGGUGGGUGAACUAGGGACGGGCCAGGACCCGUUGAGAUAUGAACCACCACUGAUAUUUUAGCCAUAGCUUCGAACAUAUUCAUUAUACUGAACUAAUGAAUGUGCAUUAAUAUGUCUGGAGUGCCAUUUCUCCUGAGUUACACCAAAAGUGGACUGAAAUGAAACAAUGCAAUAAUACUGGUCUUCUUUCAUUAAUAACGAGCCAUUUACUUGAAUACACGCCUUUUGGCGUCCUCUGGUCUAACACCUUUUUGAGACUAGGCUCAAAAGAAAGCUGUCUCUGGUGUGGACCAAUCAGUUUCAAAGACAAUGCAUAUAUUAUCAGAGUUUUUUGUUUGCAUUCUGACCACAAGCAUUGUGGUUAAUGUAGACAUGAUUCCUUGUAAAAUGUUUCAGUUUGGUGUUUUAACAUCUUAACACCUGUUUUGUUGCCAGACAAAAAGGGGAAAACCUAUUCUAAUUUACUUGAAUACAUUCACAGUAUGCAAACAAUUGUCAUUGCCCUGGCCGUGUGUGAAUAUAGUACAGUAAUGUGUUACAAUAUUCAAAUCACCGUUUUAAACGGUCUUCCGAGUAGACUUGAAUGUAAUUUUACUGAGUUGAAUUAACUGUUCAUUUACAGCCGUAUUUAUUCGUUCAGUGCACCGUAUAAGAACAACCAUUUCAUAUCAUUGCCCUAAGUGCAUUUCAUUUCUAUAUCUCUAUGUGCGUGUGUGUGUGAAUCGCUAAACCACAUCGCUUUGAUGAGAUCGCCUGAUCGGGAGACGCUGUCUCAUCGUUUGCUAUCGUCCGAAGGAUGCGUGUGCUUUUCUGUGAGUGAAAAAGUUGAAAUAAAAAAACAAUGUUCUUGA